UUGGUCAUCCAGAGGGAUAAAAAGAGCAUUGCUGCUGCUGCAAGUCAUUACAGUUUAGGAGCAGAACAAUGGCUGGAGGUUCUGACUUCGUUUGGGUUCCCCUCCUUCUCAUCUCUGUCCUCCCUGCGUCUGACAACAGACACGUGCCGUAUAACGUGGGUGAGUUUGUCAACAAUACUGGGAACCCACAGCUGGACGAUAUCCUGUCCAGGAUUCCUAUAUCCUUGCCGGAUGGAACUGAUUUCGACGAUGUAAAUGUAACGUCGAUAAAAAUCAAACUUUGCACUGGGUUCGAAGAAAGCUUGGAUUCCCUGAACAAGCAGCUUCGGGAAGCAAGCCGGCGUAGCAGCCAGCUGGACGGGGAAGCCUUCGAGUUGAGGCGGGAGGUCAGGCAGCUGAAGCUGAAGCUCUCCACCUGCAGUUGGGCCGUGACGUCCGUCGCCGGCUCAUACCACACCCAGCUGCAGAACAAACUGAAGCAUCUGCUGGAGGUGGUUGACAGUGAGAACAUUCAAGUUUUGAAGAUCGUGGCUCUGACCAGGGAUGUUAGAUCUUUACGGAGGAAGUUUGAAUCCGCUGUUAACUCAAAUGGAAACUCAACCGAGAUAACAGCUGUGCAAGCUGAACUGAGCGCAAAGACGGCCGAGCUCGACGCCAAGAAGCAACAAACCAACAGGAACAAUGAAACUCUGGCAUUAAUCCUGGAGAUAAUCUCCUUGCAGAAUCAGAUCUGGGACCUGCAGCAGACCGAACUGAGCAGCCAAACCGCUCUUACUGUCGAUGGAAGACUUCUGGCGCUACAAGAGCUACUGGACAGGAAGCUCUCUGAGCUGCAACGCGAAGAAGACCCAACCUCUGUUGUGCUGGAGCUGAUUUCUGUGCACCAUAAGAUCACGACGAUGGAGAAAAGGAUCAAGAUCCUGACGGAGGGAUCCAAAUCUAAAAGUCUUGAUGCUCAGAGGGAAUUGAGGCAAAAGACUGAGCAGCUGAAGAGAGCAAUCCUGCUGCUGAGUGGACGGGAAAAUGACAAGAAUCUUACUAGGGAGAUCCUGAGGCUCCAGCUUGAGGUGGAGCGUUUGACAACGUUAGUUUCAAAUUACGUGGACACCCUGGAACCCACCAUCACAGCCAUAACAGAAGAACUGGAGGCGAAGAAGAAAAGAGAGGUCAUUUUGCAGAAAUCGCUGGAGCAUACAGACCACGCCAUCGCACAGCUGAUCAUGAAAGUAAUCAGCAUCAUGGAGGAGCUGACGGAGCACAAGGAGACAACAACUGGUGAACAGCCUGAUAUUCUGACACUCCUUCAAACCUAUAAACGAGACUACACCAAAGCUCUCAGUGAAAUAAAGAGCCUGAAGGAGCAGCUGCGUCAGACACGUGAGCAGUGCUCCGGACCAGAGGGGCGAUAUAUCGCGGUAAAGACGGAACUGGAACAAAGGAUUGCGCAGCUGAACAGAACUGAAGACUCUGAAGCUGCCGUCGUUGUGAGUGUAAUACACCUGCACAGUGAAAUCGUGGCUUUAAAGAAGGCGAUUGUAACGUCGGCUAGUACAAAGGAGAUUAUAAGGCUGCAGAGGGAGCUGCUGCAGAAAGAAGAAGAACUAAAAGCCAAGACUGCAGACAUAGAGAAACUGACUCCCAACUCACAGAUAAUUUUAAAGGUUAUUGAGCUGCAGAAUAACAUCUGGACUCUUCAGAGCAACGAUACCAAAGACACGACCAGUGAGAGAUCAGAGUUGCAAAGGAGACUGGAUGAUCUGCUGAGUGAGAUCGAUAGCAAAGACCAGGAAACCCUAAAACACAUGAUGACAGUCCUGACCCUGCAGAGUCAGGUGGAAUAUCUUCAGAAACAGCUGUCGGUGACCAAGGUUUUACAAUCCCACAGGAUCCCCCAACUCAACAAAGAGCUUGAAAUCAAGCAGGCGCAGUUACAAAAAGCUUAUUUGGAGAUGAAGGAGAAGAACAAGGAAAACGGCGUACUGUUGGUGAACAUCUCUGUGCUGCAAAGCCAGCUCAGAAAUUUCGAAAAGGAAAAGGAAAGUGAAAAAGAAAAAGCCGUUGCCACGGUGUCUGAGCUGAAGGAACAGCUGAAGAUUAAACAAGAGGAGAACCAAGAACAGCAGAACUUGAUAAAAACUCUGCAGAUCAGCCUGAACCAGACUCAAUCAGAGUGUUCUACAAAUGAGCAGCAAAUUCAAGACCUGCAGAAAAGUUUGGAAGCCAAGAUUGAGGAACUCAAGAACAAAUCUGAUACAGUUACGUCUCUUGCUCUUCAAGUUUCUACAUUGACUGUGCAGCUGGAAGAACUAAAGAAGCAGCUGGAAAGCUCUGCUUCCCAAACUAAAGUUGAAGAGCUUCAAAAAAUUAUUGACCAGAAAAGUGCUGAACUGGACAAAGUAACAGAAGAGCUGAAACAACGAAGCACGCAGUCCCAAAGACUUUUACAGAUUAUUGCCGUACAAGUGGAGAUUGAUCGACUGGUAACUGUGGCCUCAAACGAAUCAGAUUACACCAAGAUCCAAGGACUCCAAGAUCAUCUCAGUUACCUGAUAGAGGGAAUUCAGGAUACAGACAAUGAGAACACAAAGCUAACAUUUAAGAUUUUGACUCAAAAGGACGAAAUAGCCAGACUGAAGAAGGAGAUGGAGAGCCAACUGGGAGCACAAGCUGAGAAAAUUAAAGGUCUGGAAAAUCUCUUGGAGUCGGUCAGAAAUGAGAUAAAAAAGAAAGCAAAUUUGCUGGAGACCUCAACCUUGAGAAUUGCGAAUCUGUCUGCUCAGAUUAUGGAACUGAAUGAGAAAAUCGUACCACUGCAGCAGGAAAUAUCAGACCUCAAUCAGACGUUUGCCGAAAACCUUGCAGAACUUCAAGAGAGACUCAAUUUUGCUCAGAAGAAACUGCAAAAUACUGAAGCUCAGCUCAAGCAGGCAGACGAACGGAAUUUUAAACUAGUAAUGGAUAUCGCCAAUCUCAGGGCUGAGCUCAAAAAAGCGAAGGAAGAAACUUCUAUAACUGCUAAGAAGAAAGUUGCUGCCUUGGAACAACAAUUAAGAACACAGGAUAAAGAAAACAGAAAACUUGAGAGCAACAACAGAGACUUAAAGCAACAAAUGGAGGAGCUGGAAACGUGCUGCAACGCCAACACCAACUGUGAAGACGUGCAGAGGCAGCUGCAGCAGAGCCAAGAGGAUGCGGAUCGUCUCCAUCAGCAGCUGCAGGAGAAGGACGGCGCCCUGAGAAAGCUGCAGCGCGACUUCGAGCUACAGCAGCGGGAGAAGGAGCGGCUGCAGGAAGACUACAACAACGUCGUGGCUAAACUAACCAACGUGGAAGACAGGACCAUCUAUAACACAAAGCUCACCUGGGAUCCAAAUACGGCACAUCCCAGAUUAGUUUUCUUUUCCAACAACACCGAGGUAUCCACCACCAACGACGUACGGCAGUUCCAGGACAACCCCAGCAGGUUCGACGUGGUUCUUGCCGUUCUUGGCUCGACCGGCUUCUCGAGAGGCCGCCAUUACUGGGAGGUGUCUGUAGCUGAAAAACUUUGCUACCACAUCGGGAUGACUAGCGAAUCGGCCAAGAGGAAAGGAUCGUUAUCCUUCAGGCCCGCGAAGGGUUUCUGGACCAUAAUCCUGAACAAACUGGGUGAGCUCAAAGCGAUUGACAGGACGUCUGUAACCCUUCAGGUUGAGAGGCUUCCCUUUACUCUGGGCAUCCUGCUGGACUACAACAAGGGACAGGUGUCCUUCUACGACUCUGGCGCCAGAUCUCAUCUGUACUCGUUCUCAGGUCAAGAGUUUACCGACAGAAUCUAUCCGUUUCUCAACUACUGCGUUGAGGAUGUUGAAAAUCCUCAGCCAAUAGUUUUGCUGCCUCCAGGAUCAACUGACUGGAUUAAUUAAGCAACACAAUAAGUCCGGUUUUGGCACGUUUGUCCAACAGUUACAUGACUUAAUAAUCAAAUAUUUUAUUGCCUUUACGAAUGAUUUCGAUUCAAUAAAUCAACAAACCUAAAAAAAAAAAAAAGUGUGUAUUUACCUCUGACUGUCAUCGCCCAGGUGUAAUAAACAUUACUAUUUUAAAAAAGAA